AUGCCGUAUAUCGCAAUUGAGGAUGUAACCACGGUGAAAGACCGUGGCCACACUGCAAUUGCAUACGUUAUCCAGUACGGUACAUCACAGGUUGUCCGUCGCUAUUCUGACUUUGACACCUUAAGAAAGGCGCUGGUGCAGCUCUUGCCAACGGUGGUGGUACCGCAUAUUCCAGAGAAGCACAGCGUUAUGAAGUACUUCCUCAACCCAAUCAAUGCCAAAAACGACAUCAAGGUAAUUGCCAAAAGGAAAAGGCUGUUAACUGUUUUCCUACAAAGGUGUUAUAUGAUCCCACAGGUUAGAGAAUGCGUUGUGUUUUUGAAGUUUGUCGACCCAGGAGUUAGAUGGGCAGAUGUGUUAGCAUCGCCUCCAGUAUCGAUCUUACCAUCGUCAAAUCUAUUGGCACCACCACUAUGUCCUACAAAACCGUCACCGUUGCAUUUGCUGUUGCCAGUUCCGCAUUCCACCUCAAUUAACAACUUCAAGCCGAGAGAAGAAGAUAAGCAAAUUGACACGAGGUUUAAGGACUACGAAAGAGUAUUCAAAGUGUAUAGACAGCUUACUGGAGACUUGACAAAGAGCAUAAAAAGGCAAAAGAGACAUUUCAAGGGGAUGGUUAAGGAUUUAGGUGAGCUAGGUGCUUACUACAAUGCAUUUUCACUUGAAGACACCUAUAAUAUGUCAUUUGGAAUUGAAAAGACUGGCCAAGCUAUAGAUAUCAACUAUAUCAAUUCAGAGGCAUUUGCAUUCAAAAUAAUGACCACCCUUGAAGAACCAAUCUUUGACUUCCAUCAAUCAUCUACGGUGGUGCUGAAUGUUCUCAAAUUUAGAAGAUUGAAAGAGAUUCAACUCUUUAUAGUUGAAACCACGAUAAGGAGACGUCAAGCUCGAGCUGAAAGUUUGCAAAACGCGCAAGAGCAGGUUAACAGGCUUAGCGAAGUAUUACGAAGAAACGCAGAAUCAUCUCCUACUAUCGCAGAAGCAGUGAGAAGAUUGGAUAAAGGUGAAAGUGCAAAGAUUUCACCCUUAUCGAAAAUGUUCAAUGCCCAGUCUAAGAGUGACGAUAUCGUCACCAUGACAGAUCGUGAAAGAGCUACUGAAGUUGAGCAGAUUCAAAAGGAACUGGUUAAAUUGGAGGAUUGCCAUGCAGUGGUGUUAAAGGAUAUUGAACAGGUGAACACAGCAGUUGACGAGAACUGCACCCAACAGUUCCUACAAUUUCAGAAACAGUGGCGGGCAUUGAUGCAGGACUUCACAGAAUCGUUGUUAAUUUGGUUAAAGGAUAAUCUGAAGGCAUGGCAAGAUGCAAAGGACGAGAUUAACAAAAUGCAAGUCCAUGGAUCGUCUUAA